AUGAAUACCCCAGAUUCCAACUUCUUCAAUCCCAAAGAUCAUGUUGGUCAGAAGGAAAGUUACCUUCAAAACCCAACUGCAUUCCACAUUAUAUACAUUGAUGAUAUAAGCAAAAGUAAAAUCACCAAACUAGAAGCCUGGAAAGGUGCUAAAGACCCCAAUGAAGUUGGCGAUGAUAGACUUAAUAAUUCUAGGAUUAUUAGAGAAGUUAAUUUAAAUGAAGAUGCUAACACCCCUCAAAUACAACAAUUCGAUCAAAGCGUCUACAAAUUGACUUUGAAGGAUAAUAAAGACAAUUACUGUUUUGCCUUUGAAUAUAAUGAUAAAUUACCCUUUUUGAGAUCUGGUGUUAAUUUACCUAUCCCCAUCAAGUUAGGAGGUAAGUUAAUUGUUAAAAGAGGCACAAUGAUCAAGAACGGAACUUUGCUCUUGAAUAGAGCUCAAUGUCAAUAUUUAGGUGUUGAUGAGUCUUCAACUUUAGUAAAAAACUUGAACGCAAAUUUACUAGAGAAAUCCAUCAAUAUUUUACAAAAUCCUGAUUUAUAA